AUGAACUGGAUCUUCUUGGAGGGUCUCCUCAGUGGGACUAACAAGUACGCCACAAGGUUUGGUCGAAUCUGGCUUGCCAUUGUCUUCAUCUUCAGGCUCUUGGUCUUCUUGGUGGCUUGUGAAAAGGUCUGGGGCGACGAACAAAAGGACUUUGAUUGCAACACCCGCCAGCCUGGUUGUCAAAAUGUCUGCUAUGACCACUACUUCCCCAUCUCUUACACCCGACUCUGGGCUCUCCAGCUGAUCUUUGUGACUUGUCCAUCCCUUCUCGUGACUCUCCACGUUUCCUACAGAAAAGACCGGGAGCGUAAGCACCGGCUAAAGUACGGAGAAGACUGCACACCUCUGUAUGAUAACACAGGAAAGAAACGAGGGGGUCUCUGGUGGACCUACUUUUUCAGCCUGCUGUUCAAGAUAACUGUGGAUGGCGUGUUUGUCUUCCUGCUGUUUUACCUCUACGAAGCUGCCUUCUUUCCUCCACUGGUGAAAUGCAGAGAAGAGCCAUGUCCCAAUGUGGUGGACUGCUACAUUGCGAGGCCAACGGAAAAGAAGAUAUUUACUGUCUUUAUGGUGGUGACCAGCUUUGUGUGCAUUUUCCUCACUCUUUGUGAGGUGUUAUAUCUGUGUGGGAAGAGGUUCCGGGAAUGCUGCAAAAAAGGACCUCGCUCCAUGAGAGACAACUCCUUCAUGAUGACCAGAGUUCCUCUGAGUGGUAAUGAAAACUCAGCCUACAAAGAACCGGUUCUGGAGAAGAGUGUGACCAAUGGAGAACCGGGCCAGAAGGGUUCAGCCCCGCCCUACACCAUAGCCUGA